AUGGCAUCAGCUGAGCCUCAGCUGUGUCUGACUCUGGAGCAGUUUUUGAGUUCAGAUAUCCCUUACUCGUCACUAGAGCAAAGAAGUGUUCUUAGUCACCAGAAAGCUGAUCAGGAGCUAGGAGCCAAAGCUGAGCAUCAGACUCGCGACACUACUCAAGUGUUAGACGAUGACAUUUCCUCGCGCAUAGCUACACCUCUCGGUCUAGAUGAGUGGAAGAAGCUUGCCAUUCCUCUUGGCUUUGAAGGGAACAUAUUAACCAAUGUUAUUGAGGCCUUCUUUCCUAACCAAUGGAAAGAACAAUUCUCCUUCAUGCUAGAGGCAUGGAAACAGUUCCGAGACAUUCGUAAAGAUCAGGUCCAGGAAAAGCUCUGCGUAGCAUUGAAAGAAAUUAGCAAAAAGGGCCUAGCAGAUCCACUGCAGCAUCCAGCCGAUGAAGUUUUGUUUGAGCCGGCAAGAAGACUCGGCCAAGAAUGGACAGAACUGGCUUCUUUCCAUAGUUUUAGCAGUGAAGAAACAGGCCUAAGCAGCGUGGAGGGAUGUCAACUUGCUGAAGCAUCCUUCUCUGUAAGAAAGUGGAAUUCCCACCCGGACAGGAAUAAUUCUCAAUUUGGAAAACUUUGCUAUGCAAUAGCGAUCAUCAGCCAAGCUUAUCUUGUAUCUCAAGAUCUUCAUGCUACAGAAUCACACCAAAAGGUGCUGGUCUCGGUAUCUAAACAAUUUGGACCCAAAUGGAAGGAGUUUGCUCUCCUGCUUGGCUUCAGUGCGUCAUCAGAAAGUGAUGAAAUCAUGAAAGAAAACCUCGGCAAUGACACAACUCGAUCUUUGGUCUUGCUAUGGAAAUGGAAACAACGCGUACACAUGACAAGAGAUCAGCUUGGACAUCUGUGCAGUGCAAUGACAGACCUUGGCAAGGAGCAUCGUCUACAGCUUUCACUUCGACCUCACCGAGGAAGAUUAGAGUCACACCGAGUUCAACUGUCGGAAAGCACGGCGUUGCAGCCUGAAUCAGCAGUGACAAGUGAUGUAGAAAUACUGCCUGAUGUCCAUACCAAAGAUAUCUUCUACUUGGAGGUUCUGUGA